UCCAUCCUCACCGAGGAGCGCUCCGACCCAGCAGGUUGUGGACUUGAUUCCUACAGCAGCGUUACGUCGAAGCCAGGGAGCGCGCUCUCAUCCCUGUGAGCCGCGCUAUUCCAUCUUGAUGCCAUUGAUCCCGGGGGCCACUAAACAUCUCAGGAAGCCUUUAUUUAUGUCUCCGUGUGGGCCAUCGCUAUGGAAAUUCAUGCCCUCAUCCCUAGGCUGUGUCAUCCUAAUUGUGUUCAUCCUGCCAGACCUUGCCUCAGCCAAGAACUGCAGUCACCCUGUGAUCCCGGAACAUGGAGGGUUCCGCUGUGAGCCGUCGCCCUGCCGUGGCUAUCCUCACAAGACCACCAUCCACUAUUUUUGCGAGCCGGGUUUCUACAUUCCAGGACGCCCCCAUAACUCUCGUUGUCUUCAUGGAAUAUGGACACCCAAUGUGCCCACCUGCAUUCCUAACCCAAAUACAAACAUUAAUGCGGAAGAUGGAGAUAUCCAGCCUCUGCCAAGUGUUGCCACGACAGCCAUUGGCGUAUCCAUCUUUCUGCUUACCACCACAGCCUGCAUGGUGAUCAAGUCGCGCCUCUACCCCUGUCACUCACACAGUAGGCGAUCCUCUGACCAGAUGGACCUCAUGGUGGAUGGAUUGCCCAUCUCUCUGCCCACUUACGAGGAGGCAGUCUACGGGAGCUGGGGCCAGCGUUUGCCGCCCUGUAGAGGACCCACACAGCUCCUGUUGGCCCAGGAGAAUUCGGGGCAAAACCCGCCCUUACGUCAAGAUUCGUCAGAGCCAAGCAGUCCUCUCCAGCCUUUCGGCCAGAGCACGGAGGCACCGCCACCCCCCUACGAAGAAGUACAGGGCCGGCCCCGAGAGAGCCAGAGAGCAGGGGACAGACGAGCACUACAGAUCGUCCUUUCUGAAGACAAGGACAACUAGACAUGGCGUUUGCUGAUCUGAUGAUUAGCUUCUACUCGUAACUCUACUAGUUGUUACUGCUAUGAUAGUGCACUUCGAGCCUGUUAAGGCUGAACCACUGCAUUCAUUUUGGCUUUGGGUGGUCUUGUACCUGGUAAAACUAGUAGCCUGAAACCAUUGUUCGGAUCGAGAUACUGACAGUCUGCGGAGACUCAAUGCAAGCCACCCAAAUAGGUGUGUAAGUGAUGUCUGUACUGGUUUUGCAGUUUGUUUCCAGCAGAGCGCUGGGAACUUGAACGCUGUUAUCCUGUCAGUGACGGGACCGAGUCGCGAUCAGUGAGAUUGUUGUUUGUGCAAGUGAAAAGAGACAAUGGCUGCUUUAAAAGCAGAUUAUGUCGAGUAAGUGCGUGCCCGUGCAUUGAUUAUGAGGGGAAGCCCGCGUUACGUAUUUGUGCAAAUGAAACCUUGUUUUUGUGCGCUUCGGUUUUCCUCCGAGCCUGUCGCCAGCAAUAAGUAACAUGGUGCCGCAGGCAGUGGAUGGCAGGAAGUUGUCAUGGAGAUGGGACUUGCGGUGAAUCUCUAUCGUUUCCUCCACCCUUCGCUUCCUCCUCCUCAACCAGCCGCCCAUCUACAGCUUUGGCACUAGAGUACGCAACCUGAGGGUGCAGAGAUUGGAAGAACCUGCAUUUCCAUUCAUUGUCUCUCUUGUGGAAAGCUUGUUUCACUCCUUUGCUUUUGUAUUUGCUGCGUAUAAUUAUUGACCGAGCAGCCCAAAAAUACCGGUGUGUAUGUAUCUACUUAAGACAUUGAAUGUGCUUUCCUUUUUUAUUAAUGAAACUAAAGAGCUAAUAUAUUUCUAAUGUAAAAUUUACAUAAUGAAGUUUGUAUACAAAUUGCUAUAAAAUAAACAUAUAAUUAAUUAUACCGGAUAUGUUUCUGCCUGGGUUCACUUGUGUCCUCUCACACUAGAAUGAAACACACCGCAUUGCUUUUUACACAAGAAAGUAAGAUCAAGCCCUUCUUUCUUGCUCAGCGAUGCAUUAGCUUUUAUGUUAACCUCUAACUUGGACUAGUGUGUCAAAUGGUCACCAAGAACCACAGGGACUAAUUUCUAGCGGGAAUACAAUGUAAACAGCCUGGUAACUGAAAGAGCACUUAUGGAUUGUCUAUGAACGCAAUUUCUCGGUACAAGGGGGCGCAAAAGUACAUUUUAAGAGAAUAAAUGUACUAUGGUGAAGUGUGCAGGGUGGCGUGUGUCACGGUGGGUAGCACUGGUGCCUCACGGCUCCUGAGCUGUGGAUUUGGAUGCGGGAUUGAUCGCGUCUCUUUCCGUGUUCUUGUGUUUGCGCCGCUUUCCUCCCACGGUCCAAACGCGUUUGGGGUGAACCGAUGACCUAACUGCCCUCAGCGUGUGUGUGCGUUUGUGAAUGAGUGUGUGCGUCUGAGCGAGUUCCCUAUGACGGACUGGCAGCCUGUCCUGGCUGCCCUCUGCUUCUGGGAUAUGCUCCGAACCACAGCGACAGGACGGACAUUGGACAAAGGUUUUGCGAUAAUGACAGGAGGACUGGAGUGUGCAGGGUUCGGGGCCCGGUGCAGGAUCCCAGCGGUCUGGAUUCAGUCCCAGGAGGCAAGGUGUGGUACAGCCUGGAUGGAAUUCCUAGUUACCGGGGCAACCACAAGCAUACGCUAAGGGCAAUUUAGGUUCAUAGUUAACCUGAAACAUGCCUUGGUGCUAUUGGACGUCCCCAAUACACACUCCACAGAGACAGCCCGAGUCCAGCUCAGAUCCAAACCUUCAGCCAAGGAGCUGUGAGGCACCAGCACUACUUUUCGGGCCACCGGCCACUCGCUGACUGAGUCAAAGGUUAUAAAUGAACCACACUCAUUCAUCCUGUAUUCGCUAAGCUCAUGAACGUUCCUCUGCCUGUGUGUCACUGCCUUGUGUUACAUAUAAACUCUAUCUCUUGCGGACGUGUCCCGAAGCAGCUCAAUAACUCUUUGACGGCAUUCCACCUCAAGAAGUCUGCUGUAGACUGCGAAGGCUCAUCUAGUCACAGACUUCCCAAAAGUCUCCUUCUUAUGCAAAAUCCUCAAGAAUCCUGUUGCCCAGGAGUACUCUUGAGUUCCUGAAAUGAAAAAGAGAAAUAUCAGCCUGGCGUGGUGGGUCUGGGGUUUGAG